UCACAUACACAGCAAACUAAAUCUGUGCUUCCCCACCAUCCGCAUGAGAUGAUCAUGUGACAUGAUCGUAUAUAUGUGUGUGUGUGUGUGGGUGUGUAAUUCAUGCAGGAUAAGCUGUUUCUCUUCCUCGUGCUUGAGGUUUGCUGAAUAAUAUCCAUUGUCCUGCUUUGAACGAGCAACAUAAAUUAAUUGCCUUUGUUUCGUUGUUAUUUCUGUCGUCUUCCUGAAACCAGAGGGUGCCUUUAAUAUAAAACCAGUGAGGUCAGGCUGUGAGGAAAAGUCUAGAAAUCGCCUCGUGCGUUUGAUAGAAUGCUUUCUAAACAGUGAGGAAUGUGGGAGAUGAGUAUCAUCAUUCAGCUGAGGGACAAGUUUUUUUCUGAGAAAUGGGCCACAGCUCCAAUUGAAACGAGUGAUUAAGUUCAUUUCUAUUGUCUGAGAAGGAAACAGACUGGAUCAUGCUGUCAUAUUCAAUUCAUUGAUUUCCUUUUUUGGCUUUGCACGAGGUCACGUGAAGAACGCAGGUGUCGUCACAUCAUCAGAGGACUCCAGAGAGGAUUUGAAUAUGAGCUCUGUGAUGAAGCAGGGGAUCAACUUUUCACGAGGUGGGGACCAUCAGAAUACCAAGCGGCUGCUCUCUUCCCUACCUCCUCUACCCCGUUUCAAACCAGCUCCUCGCUGCRAUGUCAACCUUCCAUCAGAUCAGGUCUACCUCCAGGCAGCAGCCAUCUUCCAGCAGCUGCACAAAGAGAAGCCAGCAGAACAGCAAUGUCUGCAAUAUGAAAAAAAGACCAGCAUGCCACUGCUUGGGAACAAAAACCACGCCACCCAGAGACAAGCCUACCAGCUCGCCUUCAGCACACUCAAAUAUCAGGACCUACUUGAGGACGUAAUCACCGGCAGCUGCUUCCACACAGCUCAGAAUAUCCACAGCGGCAUUUUGCCGUUGGCGAUGGUAAUGCUGUUUGACUUCCAGGACAGAGAGUUUCUGCUGAGUCAGCGACCCACAAAGGAAGGCCAGGAGGCCGUGGAAGAUGUCAGAGACCUGGAGAGAAGGCUCCACAGGUGGAAAACCAAGCUGCAAGCCGCCCUGGCUCACUGCAGAGUGAGGCAGAGGCUGGAGAGAGUCUCUAGUUUUCUGUCUGAUUCUCUCAGAACCAAAGAGCACCAAGCAAAACGCCAGCCUGUGUAUGGAUGGGUCCAUAKACUCAGGACAAGUCUGGACGAGGUGUGUGAAGUGUUGAAAACAGACAGCUUGGWGGAAGUGCAGAACGUGACCGACCUCACGGACUCCCAGUUUUGCAGGGACCCUCUCUGUCCAGACACCCUGGUCUUCUCCCAGGGUCUGCAUGCUUUCCUACAGCACAGCAGCCUCACCACCUCAUACCUGCUGAACAUACAGGACAGGAGUGUGUGUGUGGCAGUGAGUGUGCUGCAGCCCCUGCUGUUUGGUAAGGGGGACGUCCUGGUGGUGGGCUCCUUCUCAGCUAUGACCGUGGCUCACGUCGCCGUCGUAGCUGCCCCCCACCUGGGCCAGGUGUUGAUGUGCGGCGCUGACCACACGCCAUCACAGGUGGAGGAGGUGCAGAAGCUGCUCUCACAAAUGGAAAUCAAAAACGUUCGAGUUCUGUCGGAACCGUUCUGCGGUCUGAAAGAGRGGGACGCCACUGUUCAGAGAGUGAGGGUCAUUAUGGUGCUGCCUCUGUGUUCGUCCUCUGCCCUCAACGACCCCGUGGCUGCAAUGCACAGCGAGCAUGGAGACUGGAAUCUACUGCCAGACUUAGCCUGCGGUUCAGUUUCCAAGAACAAAAUCCACUCUCUGACCAGCCGACAGGCCCGACUGUUGGGACAUGCCCUGUCCUUUUCAAAGGUCCAGACUGUGGUCUACUGCACGCGCUCAGAAUAUCCUGAGGAAAAUGAAGACCUGGUAGGACGAGUGUUGCGAGAAACACACGCCCACCCCAAACUGCUGCCCUUCAG